AUGCCAGUAAUGAAACACAUGCCUAAGAAGUUUUUAAGCAGUUAUCUUUAUAAAAAAGAUUCUAUGCUCCUUGUAAGUUCUCUAAGUGAAAAUUAUCUGCACACAAACAUAAUAAAUAGUUCCAAAGAUAGCAAAAACUCAAAAGACACUCAAAUACCUCACAUCCCAGAACCUCCAACUAACUGUUGUAUGUCGGGUUGUGCCAAUUGCGUUUGGAUUAAGUAUGCUGAAGAUUUAUCUAAAAUAUUCGAUGAUGCUGAAAACAAAGUUAAGGAAAUUAUUUUGAGUAAAGUCGAUGAUCCGAAUAUGAAGGCAUUCCUUUUAAUGGAGUUGAGAUCUAUGAAAUUUAAGAAAUAA